AUUUCACGCCAUUAAACAAUAAUGAGAUGACUAAUGGAUGACUUUUUGUCAAGUAUUGGGAUAUUAGCCUUGGUGUUUCUUUGAUAUCGGUUCGAAAUGAUCGACAAAUUAGCGGUAUCGCCGACUACGUAGCGUCAACGUUUCUUCCGCGAGACCACGCAUAUGCGCGUGCGCGCGGUUCUGCGCACGCGCGUUAAACUUCUCACAGCGUCCUCUGUUGUCUUUACAGCGGGAUUAGGGUGAGCAAGCAAAUCGUGCGUUCGCAAAUAUAAAGUCAUGGGCAAGUCAAUUUUCUCUUUGCCAAAAAACAAAAGCGAGGGCCAGGAAAAACUGACGUCUGAUGAUCCUGACUCUCAAUUAGUCGAGGAGGAUAAGAAUGAUAUAUCACAGUUCCCUUAUGUCGAGUUCACAGGCAGGGACAGCAUCACCUGUCCCAGUUGUCAAGGAACAGGACGAAUACCAAGAGAACAAGAAAAUCAGCUUGUUGCCUUGAUACCAUAUAGUGACCAAAGACUGAGGCCAAGACGAACCAAGCUGUACGUUAGCUUGUCAGUGAUGCUGUGUCUCCUACUCUCUGGCCUGGCUGUGUUUUUCCUCUUCCCCCGCACCAUUGAUGUCGCCUACGUUGGUGUGAAGUCUACGUAUGUCAACUUUGAUACGGAGCAACGAAUCAUCUAUCUCAACAUUACAAACACACUGAACAUUACUAAUAACAACUACUAUCCGGUACAAGUGGCAAACAUCACAGCGCAGGUGCAGUUCUAUAAGACUGUGAUCGGAAAGUCAUUUGUGAGCAAUUUGACAAGCAUAAUGCCACUGGAUAUGCAGCAGGUCGAUUUCACUGUUUCCACAGUCAUAGCCAAUGAGAUGAGCUACAUCUAUAACUUUUGCACCAUGCAGUCCAUAAAAGUGCACAACAUUGUGGUCAUCAUGCAGAUGACUGUCACCACUGUGUACUUCGGCCACACCGAGCAGGUCUCUCAGGAGAGUUACCUGUACGUGGACUGUGGCUCAAACACCACCAGUCUCAACGGACACAUGAUGCAGGGACACUUUACACCUUGAAACUAAGCUGCAACAUGCACUGUGUCCACACUGGAGGAUAUCAGAGAGUCUCCCUGACAAGUUUUAGGUGCUGUGCAUGGUCAUGUCAGGAAGAUGCAAAGCUUCAGACAGAAUGUUCUCAGACUUUUGUAGAUAGAUUUAAUUUAGAGUAAGUUAUUUUGACAUAUGACACCAGUGAUUUGUUGGUCCACUGUGGUCUCACAUCUUUGAAUAUCUUGGUUUUGUCCAGGAAGAGUUUGAGGUAUAAAAGGAGCACACCACACAUUAGCGUCACUCGCUACUUAUUGACUGCAGUCACAUAAAGCUAGGUUCUAUACGUUUAUGAACCACUAAAAUUGUUUUCUGUUCACUAUUUAUAAUUUGUACAUACAGAGCAGUAAGAAUGGAGUGAAAAUUAUUUGCUAGAGAGAUGUCCAUGUCUAGACAGAGACUUUCUAUGAAAUCUAAGCUGUUUUUUAAUUAUUUUUUUUUUUUUAAAUACAGUUUACAAGUAUUUGUUUAAUGGAAAAAAUUGGAAAUUUAAAAAUCAGUGUCAUCAAUGAUAUGGAUGUGGGGGCUAUUCGAUACACCAACCAGAUGUAAAGUGAUACAAAAACUUCUAAUGAGGUACUGUAGAUAUUAUUACUGGAAAUGUGCAACAUGGUGAAUUAUUAUGUGAAGCUGUGAUAUUUGGAUCUGUUUUAUAUUAAUCAGUAAGGCUAUUUGUUAUUUUACCACUGUAAAAGAAAUCUAAGGAAAGACCACACAUUUUGACAAAUCUGACAAAAGAAUCUUAUUUCAACCAACACUAUUUGCUUAUUUUCUAUUCAGAAUUUGCAAAUUACAGAAUAAUUAUAUCUUGAAAUCUAAUUAUAUUUUCAUGUACAUCUGUAUACAGGGUGUCCCAAAAGCCUCCAUAUAUAGGGGACUAUGUUUGCACCACGUCACCACGCACCACGUCAGUUGUGCCUUCAUCAGUGGAUGUUCGUGGAUGUCUACUUCUCGGUCGGUCUGCAACACUACCAGGGUGUCGAGUUUGUUAAUAAGUUUGGCAACAGUGUCGUGUGUGAUGUGCCCGCUAUGUUUGCUCUUAAAAGUCCAUCGCAACAUUGUGACAGCUUCCUGAUCCAACCACAAGAAUGAUUUCAAUACAUUCUUUUGUCAAAGGCAUUCUUAAAUACUAUCUGAAAAAAAUCUGUAAUGUAAACUAAGUAUGAAAAAUUUUUAGAAGACAUUUUCUAAAAAGUUCCUAAAAAAUUUCCCUUUUUAGGACACCCUGUUGUUUUAUUAUAUAAACAUUUAUUUAAAGCUG